GGGAGCGGGCAGGGGGCGGGGGUCAGGCAGCUUGUAGCUAGGGGCUCUCUUUUGGGCCCGGUGAUCCCUUGGCCGCGCGGAGGAAGAAGGAGCAGCAGCAGGAGGAGGCCAAGCCUCAGCGUCGCGAGCUAGCGAGCGCCGGAGCGGGAAGAUGCUGCUGUCCCUGGUGCUCCACACGUACUCCAUGCGCUAUGUCCUCCCGGCCGCCGUGAUGCUGGGCACGGCCCCUACCUAUAUUCUGGCCUGGCUGGGCUGGCGUCUCUUCUCCUUCUUCGUGCCGGGAGCACGUAUCUAUCAGGAGGUGGACGAUCGCUUUUACAACAUCUACCAGAGCAUGGUGCUCUUCUUCUUCGAAAACUACACCGGUGUCCAGAUAAUACUAUAUGGGGAUUUGCCAAAACAUAAAGAAAAUAUAAUAUAUUUAUCAAAUCAUCAGUGCACAGUUGACUGGAUUGUUGCUGACAUUUUGGCAAUCAGACAGAAUGCUCUUGGACAUGUACGCUAUGUUCUGAAAAAUGGCUUAAAGUGGCUUCCAUUGUAUGGGUGGUAUUUUUCUCAGCAUGGAGGAAUCUAUGUAAAACGAAGUGCCAAAUUUAAUGAAAUGGAAAUGCGAAACAAGCUACAGAGCCAGAUGGAUACAGGCACUCCAAUGUAUCUUGUUAUUUUUCCAGAGGGAACAAGGUACAAUCCAGAGCUAACAAAAGUUAUUUCAGCUAGUCAAAUAUAUGCUGCUGAACAAGGCCUUGCAGUGUUAAAACAUGUCUUGACACCAAGAAUAAAGGCAACAUAUGUUGCCUUUGACUGUAUGAAGAAUUACUUAGAUGCAGUUUAUGAUGUUACAGUAGCUUAUGAAGGUACUGUGGAUCAAAUGGGAAAGAGAAAAGAAGCACCUUCCAUGGCUGAAUUUCUCUGCAAAGAAUGUCCAAAAGUUCACAUUCACAUUGAUCGCAUAGACAAAAAAGAUGUCCCAGAGGAACAGUUGUCUAUGAAAAGAUGGCUUCAUGACCGCUUUGAAAUAAAAGAUAAGUUGCUGAUAGAAUUCUAUGAUUCACCGGAUUCCCAAAGAAGAAACAAGUUUCCAGGGAAAUGUAUUAAUUCCAAACUAAGCCUCAAGAAAACUUUGCCAUCUUUACUAUUCUUAGGUGGUCUGACUGCUAGUAUGCUCAUGACAGAGUCUGGAAGGAAAUUGUAUGUGAAAACUUGGAUAUAUGGAACCGUAAUUGGCUGCCUGUUGGUUAGUAUUAAAGUGUAAGCGAAUGCUGUCUCCAAUCAGUGGAAUGUGCUAUCCUGUUUCUUGAGAGGCAGGUGCACAUUUCACCAAACUGUUCCCUGAAUUUAUAAAGAAGUGUAAAUAAAGCCUUAUUGAUUGAACAUUGGAUAAAUUAUAAUUUGUGACUUCAGCCUAUUUGUGGUUGGUCUUGGAUAAGCAUACAUAAUUUUACAAGUUUACUCCUGAAUUUGCUGUAAAGUGAACAGAUAAACUGAGUUAUGUUAUACUUUGCGUUCCCCAUGAACUUAAUAUGUGUCUUGGAUGAACUACAGACGAUUAAUGGAAGUGUACAGCUUGUUAUUUUUAUGUAAUUCAAGUGGAUCACUGAAUAUAUUCCUGGAUAUUAAUUUGCAGUAUAUAUUCUUCCACUUUUGUUGUUGUUGUUGUUGUUGUUAUUUCAGGUUUUUACCCCCACAACUUGAGACUGUAUACUAAUUGCAGCUAACAAAGCUAGUGUUUUGCAGCUAUGUGACUUUUUCUUUUGUUCAGUGUGUUUUUUCACAACAGUCUAAGAAAGGAGUACCUAGAUCAUGAAAUGUAUAAAGAAGCAAGAAAUGUUUAUGGGGAAGAAGCUCUGUUUAUCUAGUCUUUUCAUUAUUGCAUUAUUAGCUGAUUUAAUUACUUACAUAUGCAAAACAUCUUAACUGUAUCUCUGAUUUUUAAUGAAAGCAGCCUAAUUUGCACACCCUGUACUGUGCACAAAAGAAUGUGUGAAGUAUAAUGAAAAUUAAGGCUAAGCUAAAUUGUGACUAACCAAAUUGUAGGAAAGCUUUUUUUUAAAAACAAAAUUGUUUUGGUUUAAUAAAGAUUUAGCUAACUAGAACAUAUGUGCCAUAAAUAGUAGAUCAUUUAAGUUUUCUGUUACUUCAUAAUUAUUUGAAUAAUCAAUUUGAAUUAUAUGUUUAUUCUUUUACUCUUAAUGGGUCAGGAGUAUACUUGAGGUAACAUAAAGCACUCAAAUGUUUCUACUAAACUUUUAAGCAUGUGCCUUUUGCCUACUUGUCUGAUUUUAACUUAAUAUUUAGUUAAAAUAAAAUGAUUUUUAUUUUUACUGUAGUAUAAUUCCAUUGUAUUUUAGUAGUCUUCAUUUGGAUUGGAAAUUGUAAUGUUGAUAUGUAUGGUUUACACAUUAGACUAUUAGUGAAAGAAAUCCAUAGCCAGCCAGUAUUUGUCCUACUUAAAAUUGAACCCUUUGUAUAGAGGUUCUCACUGCUACUGCCAAUGAGUUUUGCAGUUGUCUCACGUUAAGAAAUUCUUGUUCCUAGAGGAAAUGGGAUAUUUAUUCCAUUAAGCAGGACUAAGGGGAUGAUCUUCCUUUUUAAAAAGUGUGUGUGUGUUUGUUUUUAUUUUUUUUCAAAUUCUUUUGGAAAAGCUUGACCUGGCCACAAAGUACAAUAUUAACAUUUUCCCCUUGAUUCUCUGAACUUCUAUAAUUCCUUUCCACUUUGAUGGGGUCUGUGUGGCUCACUGAAUCAAAUUAAGAAAUUGUGUUUUGGCAACUGAGUGAUUUAAACUCAUCAAUCUUAGAACAAGAUAUAGCUUGCAAUAAGUGUUUUAAUUUUGUUUUAGUAGUCCUUUAGUUUCACAAUUCUAGGUUUAGUUUUGUUGAUCCUGGGUUUUUGUUACUGGAUUUAUAAUGUCAGCGACUAAGGCAAGAGACAGUAAUUAAAUUACAAUGAAUCAUGAAAACAAUUACAGUGAAUAAUGUUUAAUAAAGUAGUCUGCUUCUCUGAAACCAGAGCAAGUAAACUAUUUUAAGUAACAGCUUUGAAGACUCAAAUGUGGCAUACAUAAGCAGCAUAAAAUUGGUUUGACUCUGACAUAGGUAGACCUAUGUGUGGUGUUCUGAUGCCAAACUUAAUUUAAACUUCCUUUCAUGUGAAAUUCAGAACAAAUUUUUAAUGUCUUUGGAAAUGCUUUUAAGACACAUAUACAGACACACAUACAAAUACAUAUACACCACCACCACAACUGGUUAAAGCUAGAAUAAUAUCAAGCUCCAUAACAAUAAAUAUGAUACUUGUUUUUCACCUAAUAACCGGGUAUCCAGUUGGUGUACCAUGGGUAAAGUUUUAAAAAUGCAUUAUUGCUGAAAUUAUGUUCAUCUGCAGUGAUACAAAGUAGCAGUGUGACUAGAAUAAAAAUCAUCUUGAGCAUUCUGUUUCUGACUACACUGACAUACUUUCUUCUCACCCAUUGGAAAAGCUUAAUAAAAUAAUUGUUGUUUUAUAAGUUUAUUUGCUUAUGUAUCAAAAUGCUUGGAAAAUUAGUUGCUCUUAAUAUGCACUGACAUUAACUUGAUUUUUUUCCUUAUAAAAGUCAAGGGCCCUAUGCUCAUAUUUUUUGUUUUUACUUUUAGUAAAGUGUUCUCAUAAAAUACUCCUUUAAGCUUUUGUUUGUAUCAUUAUUGUUUACAGCUGAAUUAUUGCUUAGUUAUUCUUUACAAAAUACAAUCACUGUGCAUGCAUUUUAUGCUUUUCAGCAAAAGGGUUUGUGAAAGUCAGCAAAAUAAAAACUUUUCUUGUCUCUUAUGUCUGUGCUACUUAAAAUUUUGUGAGCCUGAAAUAAUUCAUGAGCAAUUACAUGAUAAGAAUAGGUGUUGUGAUUGGCUAUGCUUUCAUAAUUUUAUAAAAUGGUAAUCCUUUCCUUUCUAAGAUGUCAUGAGGGGAUAGGUAUUUUUUCUUAGGUACUCAUAUCCAAGUGCAUAAGAUCAUUUUUUUCCCUGUACAUCUAAGUCAACAGAUAUUAUUUAUGAUUAAGAGUAGGAGGAUUUUGGAGCAAACUUGCUGGCAACUUCAUGGACAGUUAUUAGUGCCAGAGUGAAUUAACCACUUGAUGUCUAAAAAAAAGUCCACUAAGGAUGCCAGUCCCAAGUAUUCAUUAUAUAUAUCAAAUUAUAUCCUUGUAUCAAUGAUAUCCUCACAUUUCCUUGUUCGUGGUUCUUUAAUAUGCCAAGUAAUUUUAUCAGCCACCCUUUUUCUUUUGCUGUUUAUAUAAUUUUAACUAAAUGAUUUUGCUGCUCUACAUAUAAAAACAAGACUCCAUGCAAAAGGCUUCUCAUCACCCUUUUGCUAAUUAUUUGGUAAAGAUGGACAAAAAAUCCAGAUUAGCUAUUUCAUUGUUUUGUUAACUAAAUGCAUACUCUUAGAAACUUCUUGAUGUCUAUUAACCACAUAUUUCAUUGAAAAUACUUAGGUCUGGUAAUAUUUCAUAUGUAUGUUUUCAAAUCAAAUUUUAAAAGUGGUAUCAUAUAAAUAUAAUCUGUAUGUGGUGUAUGUAUGGGGGAAAAGGAUGUUUUUGACAUUCCUAUUGAUGCAAAAUAUUUUUCAAGUUCUCACUUCAAUCUAUUGCAUAGAAACUUGUCUAUUAGUAUAAAUUACAUUUCAGGGUAUAUUUAAUUAACCAGUUUACUUAUUAUGAGUAAAAUAUUUUCAGAUAAGAAUUCAGCUAAAUCAGUGACACAACCUGCCAUUUAAAUGUGAAUGAAAAACUUGAAAUUUGAUCAUCUUGAUUGCACAUAAACAGAUCUGGAUUACUAACUAAAUUUUUUGCUUUUUAGCUGCAUAAUUUGGAGUACUGUGGACCAUGUCAUUGAUUUAAUUUUUUCAGAUUGGUCACCUUGAAAUGCCAGCUAUUUCAAGUAACUUAAGUGUGAGUGAAUAAAACAUGCUUUAAAUUUUUGCAAAGAAGUACCUAAUUUCCAUAGGACUUAAAUAUUAAAUCACAUGAUUUGGUUAUUAUCUUGAAUAGAAAUGUCUGAAACUAUUUUCUAGGAAGCCACACAAUAAGACAAAGCUCCUCUACUGCUAUUCCAUUAAAAAAAAUUGGUUUAGAGGGAGGAGACCUGGAUUGAAAUAAUUUAUUAGCAAUAUGACAAUGGACAAGUUUCCUCACCUAAAUAAUGUGAAUAAUCACCUACCUCACAGGGUUGUUGUGAGGAAAGUGCUUUGUAAAACUUAAAGCGCAAUAGAAAUUUGGGUUUUUAUUAAAAUAGUAUUUGAUGUGAUAUA